AUGUCGCACCACAGUCACCAACCUGCGCCCUCCAGGACCCUCGUCAUAGGGACUGUCCUGUUCUAUCUUGUCGCUGCGCUCUCGAUGGUCAUGGCGAACAAGUGGGUACUCAAUAGCACAAAAGUCCCUUUGUUCUUCCUCGAUGCGCAGCUCUUUAUCGCUGUCAUACUUUUCCUUGUGGCGCACAUGCUGGGGCUUGUGCAGUUGCCAUUACGGCUAGACAUGCAGGUCUGUAAGGGACUUGUGCCCAUGGUUGGUCUAAAUAUCUUAGGCCUGAGCUUCAGCAAUUACACACUGCAACUUGUCGAUGCGUCUUUUUAUGCAGUGGCGCGAGGCAUGGUGCUACCAUUCACAGUUGCGGCUUCCUACUUUCUCCUCUACGCAAGGCCCUCGCUGCGUAUACUUCUUGCAUGUUCAAUCGUCACUUCUGGGUUCUUCAUUGGAGUAUUCCUCGAUGGCACAUCAGUCUCUGCCCUCGGCGUCGCAUGCGGCGUAGUCAGCUCCGUAAUUACCGCUACUCACUCCGUCACCAUCAAAAAAUCCUUGGAUGUUGUGCAUGGCAGCACGUUGCACUUGUCGUGGUACACAAAUCUACUCAGCGCCCUUGUUCUCGCUCCAGUUCUCGUCUUGAUGGGUGAGCUUCCGGGCGUCAUGACAUUGCUCUUCGGGCCCAAUCAAGCCGCUCCCGGAGAGACGAGUACUUUGACAACCUUUAUAAUCGGUUCAGCCAUCACUGGUGCCUUUGGCUUCUUAAUGAGCAUCGCGAGCUUGCUCUCAGUAAAGGUCACCUCACCCAUUACGCACAUGGUGUCCUCUGCUGUGCGUGGUGUAGCAGCCUCGCUUUUGGGUAUGCAGUUUUUCAAUGAGGUUAUCACAACCGGUCGUGCCUCAUCAAUAGGAAUCAUUCUGCUUGGAUCGAUAUAUUAUACCUGGAUUAAACACCUUGAAUCGCAGCCAGCUGCCAAACCAGCAAAUGGACACGGAUAUGGGCACGCCCCUCUCGAGGAUGUGGAGAAAGGAAAAGUGCAGGACAAGCCAGAAUGA